GAUACACCUCCAGGGUAGCCCCAUCCCACACUCUCGAUCGGCGUGCCAGCCCAGACAUUCACCAGCAACCAGCAUCAUUGGUCGGUGGCAUUGGGGUAGCGCCGCACAGCAGGCAGCCGCCUCACAAGUCACACACCCACCCGCGAACUCGGCACUUUGGCCGAACUCUUCUGCUCGCGUGGAUGAGGCGGUGAAUUUCCUAUCAGUUGCACACGGGGCACAACAGGGGGUCAGCAGGACAUGCAUGGCUCAUCGCUAAAGCCCGGCAGAAGGGAAAAACAUAGUGGUGGAAGAUGAGUGCGGUAGAUGCUGGGUCGGCCGCUGCUGGCAUCACGGACAGCAGUGGGCCUACUGCUGCUGCUGGUCCUGCCAACGCGAUAACAAGGCCUUUCAGCACAGACGUAUCUCGGCCAUCUCGCCUCGAGACCGGUCGCCUCGGUCACCUCCCACCUGGGUUUUCUCGCGCUCAAGUGCAAAGCAGCAGAAACCGCAACUCAUCCUCAACUGACCAAGGCCGACCCGGCACAAGCGUUGCGGCAGGCCAAUCAUCUUCUUCCGGGCCUACUGAUGCAGCAGGACCUGGCUCCGCUUCAGCCGCUUACGGUCAGGAGCACCUGGACGCACUGGCCGAGAGUGCCAACAAGACCAUCGAUGACGAGAUCGCCACUCUGCUCGAUGCCUUCCGCGGCAUCGUAGAGCUCGCCACUGUCGCGGACAAGGACGAGUUCCGGAUAGCACAAGACGGCCUGCAGAUGCAGAGCAAGGCGGACGCCAUGGUACGCGCGACGCACAACCUGCUCCUCCUUUCCAAAGCUCUCUCCCUCUCACUCCUGCUGUCCAAGUCGCCGUCCUCUCAGGCAAUGCGAAGGCAAGCACAAACCCUCAUCGCCGAGUCGCAGGAGCACAAGCAGCGCUCGGCUGAGCUCGUCCAGCAUAUUCUUCAUCACCAGGCCUCACCCACUUCCUGAUUUGGACAACGGGGCAGUGCGUGUAUUCAACAGCGGCCAAGAGGAGCAAAGGAUGGAUACCAGCAGGCGAAAUUCGUGGUGUGCUCAUGUUCUCAACCCGUGGCUAAGCUGGAGAGGCCACAAAGCCUCCAACCCUCUCAUCAACUGUGAUCGCACGCAUUCGUAUGCGGCGUGGCCGCUUCACCCGCAGGGC